GAGCGCGUAAACUGACAGCCAGACAGCAGCGCUACUGAACCGACUGGGAACAGUGUGUGAUCACCACGACCCCUUCUGAUUCUCUUCGUUAUUCUUCUUAUUUUAUAAUUUUUUAUUUCAAAGCUUCCUAAUCACUAUCGAGGUCGUCUGGGAAUAUUUUUCACCUUUUGCAGCAACAUUUAUUGGAAACCCCAUUUUGUGACCCAGAACACCCGCCGCGGAUCAUAAGAGAAGCUGAGCUCGCUGCUCUCAAGGACAAACUGACUGAUCAUCUCAUGGAGUUCUCACUGGCUCAUCCCGCAGUGAAGGCGUUCAUGUGUGGCUCUCUGAGCGGUACGUGCUCCACGCUGCUCUUCCAGCCUCUGGACCUGGUGAAGACGCGCCUGCAAACCCUACAGCCCGGAUCGGGUCGGGUCGGCAUGAUCGCAGUCUUUGUUAGUGUCCUGCGGACGGAGAAGAUUCUUGGACUGUGGAGAGGCGUCUCACCUUCGUUUGUGCGCUGUAUUCCAGGAGUCGGGAUCUACUUCAGCACGUAUUUCACGCUAAAGCAGCGUUUUUUCGCCGACGGGGCCCCGGGGCCCCUACAGUCAGUGCUGCUGGGAGCUGGAGCCAGAUGCGUCGCGGGCGUCUGCAUGCUGCCUGUCACUGUCAUCAAAACACGCUUCGAGAGCGGCCGCUAUCAGUACAGCAGUGUGGGAGGAGCGCUGCGGUCCGUGUGCCGGGUGGAGGGACCGAAGGCUCUGUUCUCAGGUCUGACAGCCACUCUGCUCAGAGACGCGCCGUUCUCCGGGAUAUAUGUCAUGAUCUACAGCCAGGCCAAAUACUUGCUGCCACGAGAGAUCAGUCAGUCAUCUUACGCUCCACUGGCUAACUUCAGCUGCGGUGUUCUGGCCGGCGUCCUGGCCUCCGUCGUGACCCAGCCGGCAGAUGUGGUGAAAACUCACGUUCAAGUGAGUCCAGAUGUCUUCAGGAGGACGUCAGAUGUGGUGCGAUACAUUUACAAGGAUCACGGGUUGGUGGGUUUUUUCCGUGGCGCAGUUCCUCGCUCUCUGAGGAGAACCAUGAUGGCGGCGAUGGCGUGGACGGUGUACGAGCAGCUGAUGGCUCAGAUGGGCCUCAAAUCCUGAGAGCGAUCAAACACACAUCACAUCACACACUGAACGAGAUCUUCACAGUGGCUCACGGGCCCGUCUGAUGUUUUAGUGUUUGACUCUGAGAUCCUCGACGGUGAGGAUCACGUGGGUCUGGAAACAUGGCGAUAGAAAAUGAUCUGUUUGUCUGACUGACUGUGAUCAUCAUGGUUCGGCAAACUGCCUUGAUUAUCAAUGGAGAACUGAAGUGAGAAACAUCUUGAACACAGAGAUUGAGCUUUGAAACGCACUUUAACAUGUCAGCUCAGCUUGUCUUGUCUGUUUUUAUGCUGCUUAUGCUCUGCUCUUAUAAUGUUUGUAUACAGUUCAUGAGCUGCUUUAGGACAGUCAUAAUCUGGUGACUUUUAUAGUAUUAUGUUGCAGGUUAUGAUUGACAGGUUAACUUAAUAUGUUGUUUAUCGAGUCAAAUUAUUAUUAUUAUUAAAGUCAGCAUGAAAUGGGAGGGGGGAUAGUCUUUUCUUUCCUGUGAUGUAUAUCCGAGUGAAACGGCUUCUAAAACAGUGUAGGGCGGGGCUUAAUUUUGUCCAUGGGAAAUUGAUUGGAUCGUUGUAGUUUGCUAUUGGUAGAUCUGGUUGUGAUUGAAAGGUUGCCCCGCCCUCGUGCCAGUCAUCAGAGAAGAGAAGAGAAGAGAAGAGAAGAGAGCAAAAUCUCCAGAGUUAAAUCAACUCUGCUCAGAGAAUAUAUGGUCCCUCUCUAAAUAGUGUUAAAAUAACACUAAAGCAGAGUUAAAGUUAAUGAGAUAAUUAAGAAAUUAAUUAAGUGAUGAUUGAGCAUUAGUGAUGAACACCUGCUGUUAACAAGCAGAAUCACUGAAGAAAAGAGAAACACAAGAAGUACAACUGACUUCAGCCACAGCUUUAUUAUUUGCUUAAUUAUCUCAAGAGAAGAGAACAGAAGCUGCAAGAUGGAGAAUAAGUUAUUUUAAUUACAAGGGCACACGAAUAAUGAUGUUCACAGUUAAAUAGUUUAUUAUAGCCUACUGUAAUAUUCCUUUAAAAAUAUGAAUUGUCAAAUUUGAUUUAAUGGUGACUUUAAAACACUCAGAACUGAGUCCCAUCACAAUCAUUCACAGACAGCUUGUCGUUUUUAAAUAAAUACUGAAAUCUGUUUUUAUAACAUUGUUUUAUCACAACAUUAGUUUUUUUUUUUUUUUUUUUUUUUUUUUUCUCAAAAUUGAGCUAGUUAACCCGGGGUUAAUGUAAACUCUGGGUAAGUGGAAUCCUGGGUUAUCCUGCUUUUCACAUGCUCAUGGGUAACCAAUUAGUAUUCAUAAACUGCCAUUUCACAAUGACUCUGACACUGCAAAUAUGAAAUGAAUAACGAAUAAUUGAAAUGAAUAAUAAUAUGAAUAUUUACGAUGUCAGUGUCAUUGAUUAAGCAGUUCUAAUCCUGCUCUGGAGCAGGUUUCAUUACCCUGGGUAAAACUCAGUGCUAAACCCGCUUCUAAAUUACAAGUGUGAAAGUUAUUCUACCCAGGGUUAAAAAGCAGAGUUUAGAACAAUAACCCAGGGUUUAAAGCCCUAUUGGGUGUAGAUUCAAGAAACAAUCAUUGUUUGUGUAAGAAAAUCAAGCUGUGAUGUAAAUUGAGAUCGUUUUUCCUGCUUGUUCAGUAAUUUUCUAAUAUGAACGAGGGUCAAAAGCAGAUUUUCUGAAUGAGGGGAGCAGAUAAGACUGAUGACCUCAAACGAGCCUCUUACGCAAAUCCCUACAAAAGAGUCAAAGGAGAGUACACAAACCAUUACAAGACAACAUGACACUGAACUGGACAAUCAUUACGUGCGACACGCUGAAAAUGUGUAACGCUUUACAUCUGGUUCUGUGUUUGACAUGUUCAAAAUAACAAAUGCCAUUGCAACUUUGAGAAAAACUUUGAUAAUUUAGAUGUCAUUAAGAAAUUACAUCUAUAUGAAUAUGAAGAAUGAAUGUUUGUAAAGUUUCUUGAAUGUUUCAAUAAAGUUAGCAGAAAAUUUUUUCACAAA